CGCGACCGCCCGGUUGUCCGCCGCUCGGCCGCCGUUGCGCCAACCGAACGGAUACGCGCUCCGCCGGACAAAUGGUACGUACACAGACAACAACGGUUUUUUAUUUAUGUAUGGAUAACAAAAUACACACUCUAGCCCAGAGAACAUCGUCAUGGCACCGACGUUGCCAGAGUGGGCUUGCAUGGUCAAGAACAAAGUCCUUCGACUGUUCCAGGAGCCGAACCAACAACAAUACGACGAGUUUGAAUUCACUAACAAAUCACACUUAGAAAAGUCUUCCAUACCUUACAAAGAAGAUUACUCAGGAGCUGAUGGCGAACUGGGUCUUCAGAGUCCAACGGAGUCGUUGCCGUCACCGGUGCGGCCACCGCUCAGACAUAUCGACCGUUACAUCAAACCGGAAAUUCCAAAUUUGAGCAAGAGAUACACUAUAGCCAUACUGACAUGCAUCGGAUUUAUGAUCUCGUUCGGGAUGCGGUGCAACAUGCCCAUGGCCAAGUUGAAAUUCCACAUCGGACCGGACGAAGCACCGCCCAGCGAGGUUAUGCACUUGAAUACAACCACUACGACUACGGUGCACCCUCCGCUACCCAAAAAUACGCCCAUACACGAGCGACCGAUCAACUGGACCUUGGGAUCGUUCGUCGCCAUCGAGACUUCGUUUUUCUGCGGAUAUCUAAUCACCCAGGUGCCAGGCGGGUUCUUGGCUUCCAUGUAUCCCGCUAACAAGGUGUUCGGGAUAGCCAUCGCAAUGUCGGCGGUGCUCAACAUGCUGAUCCCUUCGGCGACGGAAGUCCAUAAAUCUUCUUAUGUAAUUUUCAUACGAACCGUUCAAGGACUGAUCGAGGGCGUCACGUAUCCAGCUUGUCACGGCAUUUGGAGAUAUUGGGCGCCUCCCAUGGAAAGAUCUCGGCUGGCCACUAUUGCUUUAUGCGGUUCGUACGCCGGUGUAGUAGUCGGCAUGCCGUUAUCCGGGACGCUGAUCGAUUGGUUUAGUUGGGAAGCUCCGUUCUAUGCCUAUGGCGUGAUGGGAAUGAUCUGGUACGUGUUUUGGAUGUGGUUGACAUUCGAAAAACCGUCUCUGCAUCCGACCAUUUCGGCCAGAGAACUGAAUCACAUAGAAAAAUCACUGGGAUCGGUUAAACAAUCGGCUCCUCCCACAUUGACCAACACACCGUGGAGAGAGUUCUUUCACUCGAUGCCCGUGUACGCCAUCAUAGUGGCGAAUUUCUGUCGCUCUUGGAACUUCUAUUUGCUGGUGUUAUUCCAGGCUUCGUAUUUGCAUUCGUUCAACUUUGAGGUGUCCGAAACUGGUUACAUCGGCGCUCUGCCUCAUCUGCUUAUGACCAUCGUAGUGCCCCUCGGGGGUCUUCUGGCCGAUCACCUUCGCAAAAACGGCAUCCUUUCGACCACAGCCGUGAGGAAGCUGUUCAACUGUGGCGGUUUCGGCAUGGAAGCCACGUUUUUCCUCCUGCUGGCCACCGCCGACACAGCUCUUACGGCGACAAUAGCGUUGACGUGCGGCGUAGCUUUCAGCGGUUUCGCCAUAUCCGGGUUCAACGUCAACCAUUUGGACAUAGCGCCGAGAUACGCCAGUAUUUUGAUGGGCAUCUCCAACGGAAUCGGUACGAUAGCUGGUCUCCUGUGUCCGGGUACCAUAAAUCUGAUUAUAAGUCAUAAGACAAAACAGAGUUGGUCCGAAGUGUUCAUUCUGGCGGCAGCUAUUCAUUUUGUGGGAGUCAUAUUUUACGGGAUCUUUGCUUCGGGAGAACUUCAACCGUGGGCCGAGCCCAAAGUCGAAGAAGACCAACAAAUGGACGAGGUGAGUCUAGAGAAAAAGAAGCCCCCGUCAUAUGGUUCCAUCGAACAGUCUAGCCAAGGGUACACGAACGCAGGUUUGAAGGUUGGUAGCGCCGAACUCGAACCAACGCCGCCAACCGUUAACCCGACUAACCCUUUCCUGGCAAAACCCACGGUGACCAACCCUUUCAAGUCCGAACAAUAAUGUUCGUUACAUCAAAAUCACCUAGUCGUAUUAUCUACAUUGUGAACCUUUUACAUAUUAUACUACAAACAAGAGCAAUAAUCGUUGAUCGCAUAGCUACAUUUUUUUAAAAAUUUCUUUUUGUCUCAAUAAUUAUAAUAAUAAUAAUUAAUAUUUAUUAUAGAUUUAAAUUUAUAAUAAUAGUAUAAAAUCGGUAAAAUUUAUUGUAUUCACUCGCAUAUGUAGAAACUAGAAAACGAAUUCAACGUUAAUUGGCGUAGUGUAUACAACAUUUGUACUCUAUAUUACUAUUUAAUAGGAAUUGUUGUCAAUUUUGUUUGUACUAAUGUCGACUUAACUUUAUCGGCUCAACUGCAUCGGAUCCACAAAAAUGGGCAGCUCCAACCGAGCUGUAGCAACUGGGGCAAUACAUAUUAGAUAAACUAGAUUGUUCCCGUGUCGUCCGCCAUUUUAAUUUAAGCCCAGAAGUUUUAUCACGGUGUACUUUCGCGACAACUGAUAAGAGAUAAAAGAUAGUGAACAAAAACAUGUGAUAAGAAUUAAUCAUUAAAACUUGCAACCGAUAAGAGACUAUGGUAGUCAAAGACGUGAUAAACGAAUUUUCAAGGUGAAUACAAGCGUUUCAGUUAAUUAAUAGUCUUUGGACUACCGCAUAGAUUAGUUUCAUCGGUCUCUUUCAAAAUGGCGAACGGUGCCUUCAAGUCUUAUCGCAGGUUAGCAAUCUAGUUUAUACAAUAUUUGUUUUCCUAGCAACUAAAAAUAUAAAUUAAACCAGGUUUUAUAUUGUUGAUAAAAUUAAACGAACACAAAUUGACACGAGAACGUUGAAAAAAACCAAUUGAAAGCUUAGUGUUUUUUGCAAAUAAAAAUUCAAUAGUAGAUUAUGAUAGAGAAAAUCAAAAUGUCGUUGAAUUUAAACGAAUUUUAAAUAAAUAUUAUGAACGUCGAAAUUACCUCUACACUAUAUUAUUAUUAAUUAUUAUACUACUCGUGUACACGAGUCCGUCACACCUGGAAACUUCCGUGAAAUUCGCAAUAACCGUUUGGAUUGUCGCUUAGAGUUUAAGAUCAAUUUUUAAGACAUAAGGUAGUAGACUUAAUGUAAUAGUUGAUAAUUUAUUAAUGUAAUAUUUUUAUUAUAAUAACGCGUACUCGUUGCCGACGUGUAAUGAAAGCCUUUUCAAAAUUCGUCCUACUGUGAUAAAUAAAAAUAAUUAUAAUAACAUUAGUCGCAGUCGAGCUAACGUCAAAGCUGAAAGAGUAAUUGUUUUUUUUUUUUUAAAUCAAUUUAAGCAAAAAAAUUCGAACUCGACAAGUUUUCAUUUUGUUAUUAUAUUACUAUACAAUAUUUUAGUCGGUAAGUUCAGUAAUUUUAAGAAAUCGUUCGAAUAAUAUCGUGUCAAUUAAAUAAAUAUCCAAAAUAGUUUCAUUGGCGUACAGAAAAAAAAACUAUUGAUUGAUUUAUAAAUUAAUAUAAUAAUAACGCUACUACUUAGGUAUCAAAAUUUAAUGUGUCCCAAUUUUUAUAGAUUUUAUUAAUAUUAAAUUAGAAAUAUUUGUUUACCUUUAUUCAUGUUUUUUUUUCGGAUAAAUAAAAUUUGUAUUAGUAAUUUCGCUUUUUUUUAACGUUAAAAUAAAAUAACUAAAAAUACAUUUAGUAGUAUUUAAGUUAUUUAAGACUCUUAACUAUAAGUAUAUUAUAAUGUAAUAUAUAAGACGAGAUAACUAUUGAAAGCUAUCUCAAGGCUGACAAGACAAUAACUAAUUUUUAAGUUUAGAUUUAAGACCGUCGAGGUUAACUAUUAUUAUUGAUUAAUAUUAAUACGAAUAUCGUUUAUAUUACUAUAUUGUUUUUUUUUUUUGUUUCUUGUUAACUUUGUUGAGUAUUUUUAUAGUGGGGGUUUGUUAUUAUGUUAACUAAUUUGUUAUUAUUUGUUUAUUUAUUUAUUUUCAGUUGUUUUAUUCAUAACUUCAGGACACAACAAUAUGCCUUAAAUGUGGACAAUAAUAAUAUUGACAAUAAAAAUAAUAAUAAAACAAUUAAUACGUUACAGACGAAUUUAAAACAGCACUCGUUAAAAAAUAAACACUAUAAUAUAUUGUAAUAAUUUCGUCGAUGGCUUAACGUGACUUGAUGUUGUUUUAAAAAUGAAUUCAAUUAUAAAAAUGGGCAAUAAACAAAAACACUCUAAACGCACUAGUUACUAUAAAUGCAAAAAAAAACGCACAAUCGGUUUUUGUAAUUAAAAAAAAAUAUAUAUAUUAUAACUAUUAUUAGUGGACAUAUUUUUUUGUUUGUUUUCUUUUUACGAAAAAUAAUACUUUAAGCCAAUAAAGUAGAGUAUAGGUAAUGUGUGGAUUUUAUGGAAUCUUAAUUUAGUAUAAGUGUUUGGCGGGUGUAUGUCAAUAUGUUUGCCGUCUCCUCGCUAGUUUGUAUAAUAUAUUGUUUUUAAUUAUUUAAAAGUCAACCGAAAACGAUAAAUACUAAUUAUAUUAAAAUAAUUUAAGGACUUGACAAUUUUGAUGACUUUAAUUUAGACCAGCUAUCGAAUAGCGUUAAUUGUUGUGUAUUUAACUAUAUUGACACUAAUUGGCGACAACGCACUCUUAUUAGUAGACACAAUUAUUAUUAUUAUUUAUAUCUAUAGGUUGAUGUAGUUUUAAUUUUACUAUUAAACCCGUAUAUUAAUAUAAAUAUAUCUUAGUGUAGUUAUUGUUGUAGAUAGUACAAUAUUAGAAUAUAUACCACGUGUUAGAUAUUCGUUGUCCUUUUAGUAUUAAGGUCUGGAUUUCGAAGUGUUGUUUUACAUUUAGAAUAAUCCUAUACAUAUUACUUAAUAUAAUAAUUAAUAACCAUCGAUAAUUAUUGAAUAAAACCUAAAAAAAAAAAAACCCCAAGAAA